CGCCUUAGUCUUCAGUCAAUACAAGAGAUUUUAUGCUCUCCCCGCAGGCGCCAGCGCAUCACCGCCGCCGCUCUUUCCUGUAAAUCUUCAUUCCCAUCUACUUCGUGCUCUCUCCCUUUCUCUAUCCUUUCCCAAGAUCGCCAGAGAAUAUUCAUCCCAGUAGAAAAUAUAAAAUGAAGUCAUCCAGUUUCAUGCAUUACUAGUCCAAUUGGUUGGGGAAACAGGUGGGAAAGAGGGGGUUGCAUCUUCUGGAUUGAAGAUUACGAUGACGCAUCUGAAGCCCAUAUUUUCGCAAUUGGACACUGUCGUCCCUUGCUCCACCGGAAAGUGCAAAUCGCCGCCGCCGUAUGCCUUCCACCGCCUUCGUUUCUAUCCAAGGCUGACACUUUGGUCCUGCGUCUUCCUCUGCGUCCUGCUUUUCUACUUCUGUUGUUCACAUCCAGUGGUGUCCUCCGUAGCCAAGCGACGCAGUCUCCAGAACACCUCUAAUUUCGGGUCGCCUCAUCCGGGCCCUAAUUGGGAGGUUAAGGCCCGCAAUUCGGCUCGCCCACUGAACAAAAAUGGUUUCACAGUUCUUGUAACCGGCGCCGCCGGAUUCGUCGGAAGCCAUGUCUCCCUUGCCCUAAAAACCAGAGGAGACGGCGUGGUGGGGCUCGAUAAUUUCAACGCUUACUACGAGACCGGACUGAAAAAAGCCCGAAAGGGCCUCCUUGAACGGAACGGCGUUUACAUCGUGGAAGGCGACAUAAAUGACAGUGAGUUGCUGGGUAAGUUGUUUGAGAUUGUGCAUUUCAGCCAUGUGAUGCAUUUGGCAGCCCAGGCUGGAGUUCGUUACGCAAUGAAGAACCCGGCUUCUUACAUUCACAGCAACGUUAAUGGCUUUGUUAGUUUACUUGAGGCCUGUAAAAGUGCUAAUCCACAACCUAGUAUAGUUUGGGCAUCGUCCAGCUCCGUGUACGGCCUCAAUUCUAAGGUCCCAUUCUCGGAGAAGGAUAGAACUGAUCAGCCUGCUAGCUUGUAUGCAGCCACUAAAAAGGCUGGUGAAGAAAUAGCACACACUUACAAUCAUAUCCAUGGCCUUUCCAUAACCGGGCUUCGCUUCUUCACUGUUUAUGGCCCUUGGGGAAGGCCUGAUAUGGCUUAUUACUUCUUCACUAAAGAUAUAUUGAGAGGCAAGGAGAUUAAGAUAUUUGAAGGGCCUAAUCAUGCCACUGUUGCCAGAGAUUUUACGUACAUUGAUGAUGUGGUGAAUGGCUGUACAGCGGCGCUGGAUACGGCGAAGAAGAGCACGGGAAGUGGUGGUAAGAAGAAGGGUGCAGCUCAGUUGAGGAUAUAUAAUUUGGGGAACACGAGUCCCGUGCCCGUGUCAAAGCUUUUGAGCAUCUUGGAGAAGUUGUUGAAAGUGAAGGCCAAGAAGAAGUUUUUGCCCAUGCCUAGGAAUGGGGACGUCUUGUUUACUCAUGCCAACAUAAGUUUGGCUGCUAAUGAGCUUGGUUAUAAGCCCACUACCAAUUUGGAGACAGGUUUGAAGAAGUUUGUGGAGUGGUAUCUUAGCUAUUAUGGUGCGAAAAAGAGGAGUGCGUGGUGAAUAGUGUUAUGCCUUAUAUUAUUAUCUAUGAUUUAUGAGCAAAUCGAAUGAAUGCGUACAAUCUUG